UCUUCAUCAAUCAUCAUCAUCACCACUUCGUUUUCACUUUCGGUGAGCUCUCUCUCUCAAGCUCAAAAGCAUGUCAUAGAGUGUAUAUAUUCAUGGCACAAAACUUUGAACCCUUUCAUGUCCCACAACAGAACAGAAAAAACAAGCUUCGUGUCACCACUCAAACCAACCAAGAACAACAAAACCCACCAACCCCACUAUUCUCUAGACAAGCUCCUAUGAACCCUUCACAAUCUUCUUCGUUCUCUUCACUUCAAACCCUCAAAGACAUGAACUACCAGCCCUUAACAAGUCAGGGUUUAUCUUUGUGUCUCUCGUUUCAACUCGAUAACCAGAGAUACAAUGCCGUUUCAGUUUCAGGUGAUUACACUAAGCAGAAUGGUGAAAUGAGAAGCUCUGUCGUCCCUCUUGGUCCCUUUACUGGCUACGCUUCAAUCUUGACGAGUUCAAGGUUCUUGAAACCUGCACAGCAGAUUUUGGACGAAAUUUGUGGUGUAAUUAAUUGUGCGAAUGCAAACUUCCCUCUGGAUGGUUUGGGUGAAAGUGAAAUUACGAGAGAAAGUAUUGCUUUUUUAAGUGGCGGGGUGGAGCAUCAAUGGAAGAAUUCAAAGCUAAUAUUGAUGCUGGAUGAGGUAUACAGGAGAUACAAACUAUAUUGCCAACAAAUGCAGUCAGUUGUUGCAUCAUUUGAAACUGUUGCUGGUCUUGGAAAUGCAGCUCCUUAUGUUUGUUAUGCAAUCAAAAUUGUUUUGAAGCACUUUACUAGCUUGAAGAAUGCCCUUUUGGAUAAAAUUCAGUUCACAGGAAGAACCUUCGCUGAUAGUAUUGUUACCAAGGAAAAAAGUCCUAGAUAUGGGAAAACUGAACGAGGCAUUGGAAACCAAAAUCCAACUCUGAACCUAAACUUUAUUCAACAUUCUGUUUGGCGAUCUCACAGGGGACUUCCUGAUCAUGCUGUAGCUGUGCUUAAGACAUGGUUGUUUGAACACUUCUUACACCCCUACCCUACAGACUCGGAAAAGCAAGCCUUGGCUCAGCAGACAGGUCUAUCAAGGACUCAGGUUUCUAAUUGGUUUAUUAACGCAAGAGUUAGACUUUGGAAGCCAAUGGUGGAAGAAGUGCACAUGCUUGAAUCACAGCAAACUCAAGCCCCAUCUGAAACGGUCAACCAGGGUGCCAACAUGCCAUCUGAUUUGCCUCUCAAGAAACAGUCCCGAGCAACCUCGCACCAGAAUACAAAUCAAACGACACGCUCCCGCUUGCUAAAUGAACUUCCUGAUGUGUCUAAGCAGAGACAGGACCCAGUAAAUAUUUAUGGCAACAAUUUUUCAGGUAAUUACCACACUGCUGGUGUUAGUGGAAGCAAAGGUGUUUCAUUGGCACUGGGUCUUCCCCAGAAUAAUGGCAUUGAUCUAUCAUGGCCUCUCCCUAUGAGCAUACCUCACCACGUCAACGUGGAAAUGAUUGGCAUGAUGGAUUCAGCACCAGCAACAGGUUUUGAACUAGAAAAGCAGCAUUUUGGGAAAGAGUAAAGGAGCCGGAUACUGCAUAAUUCUAUAAUCUGCAAGCUCAAUUUGCUUCAUGUUGCCUGAAUAAAAAGGACUAUCUGUAAUGUAAUAUCAAGUAGGCAGCCUCUUUGUCAAAUGAUCAUUGGAGUGGUGGAGAUGAACAAAUGUAAGUAAAUGGUCGGAACACAAGAUUAACUGUUGCUUUAUGAGAAUUGGCAUUAGAUUUCUUUGUA